UCGGUGAUGUUGUUAAGGGUGCUAGCUGACAGCUGUGUUUUAUGGAUUUUGGCCGAUUUGAUCUCGAUUGUUUUAGAUUACGGGCCGAUUUUAAGUUCCCAUCACUGCAAUAAUGAUUUGUUGAAAAUAUUUGCUGCUUGCAUCUGUUACUUUCCUAAUGCCUGAAUAUGGCUGGCGCUAAAUCAGGCGUGCAUGUAGUUCAACUAAAACCUAUAACAGUGCCAAAAAAUUUAAUAGAAGGAAACAAGUUUAUUAAAUGGGACGAUGAUUCUACUGUUGGAACUCCAGUUACUUUAAAGGUUGACAAGAAAGGCUUUUUUCUUUAUUGGACUGACCAAAAUAAGGAAACAGAAUUUCUUGAAAUCUCAAGUGUUAGAGAUAUCAGAACUGGAAGAUAUGCUCGUGUCCCAAGAGAAGGUAAACUACGAGAUUCUGUCACUAUGGGACCUCAGGAUAUUCCUUUGGAAGAGAAGACCAUUACUGUUGUUUAUGGGCCUGAUCUUGUCAACAUUAAUUUCUUCAAUUUCUGUUGUAUAGGAAGAGAUAUUGCUCAAGAAUGGACUGAUGCUUUGAUGAAGAUGGCUUAUAAUCUGCUUGCUUUGAAUGCACCUGCAACUACUUUUUUGGAAAAAAUAUAUACAAAGAUACAGCUUAUGACAGAUCGUGAAGGAAAAGUGCCAGUAAAAAAUGUUGUGAAACUGUUUGCUCAAAAUAAAGAAGAUAAAAAAAGAGUUGAAAAAGCUUUAGAACUUUGUGGUGUAUCAACUGGAAAGAAUGAGACUAUUAAUCCAGAAAAAUUCACCUUUGAACACUUUUUAAGCUUUUAUCGGUACUUAUGUGGUAGAGAAGAAGUUGAUGCUAUAUUUGAAAGCUUGACUGGUAGUAAAAAGAAAGGUAUGACUGUUGAUCAGUUAGUAGAUUUUUUAAACAAAGAACAAAGGGAUCCCCGUUUGAAUGAAAUUCUUUAUCCAUAUGCUGAUCCUGCCAAAGGAAGGGACAUAAUCAAGCAGUAUGAGCCUCACAAGAGCUAUGCUCAAAAAGGUUUAUUAUCUGUGGAUGGGUUUCUUCGUUAUCUGAUGAGUGAAGAAAAUGUCAUUGUAGCUCCUGAAAAAUUUGACCUAAAUCUUGAUAUGGACCAACCUUUAAGCCAUUAUUUCAUCAAUUCAUCUCAUAAUACUUAUCUCACAGGCCAUCAGUUGACUGGCAGGUCUUCCGUAGAAAUCUAUCGUCAGUGUCUUCUCUCAGGUUGCCGUUGUGUAGAAUUAGACUGUUGGAAUGGUAGGAAUUCAGAUGAAGAACCCAUUAUCACUCAUGGAUAUACUGUAGUGACAGAAGUUCUAUUAAAAGAAGUCCUUGAAGCCAUAGCGGAAAGUGCUUUCAAAACUUCUGACUAUCCCGUUUUGUUGUCUUUUGAAAACCAUUGUUCGCCUAAGCAACAAGCAAAAAUGGCCAUGUACUGCACAAAAAUACUUGGAGAAAUGCUUCUUAGUGAGCCAUUACCAAAUUGUGAACUCAAGCCAGAUGAACCACUACCAUCACCUAAUCAGUUGCUUCGAAAAAUUCUUAUUAAAAACAAGAAGAAACAUUAUCCAAAAAAUAUUCCGGUAAACAAAACUACACCUGCUACUGAAAAGGAUGACGAAACUUCUACUUUACCACCACCUACACCUGAAAAAACACGCUCUAUUCCUAUUCCUAGUGAAGAAGAAAAAACUACUAAAGAUGGGGUAUUAACUAAUGGUGUAAUGGACUUGGAAAAAGUACCUUCUGAAAUGGAUGAUAUCACUGAAUCCAGUUCUGAAGAAGAAGAGGAACAAGCUGACCCAGAACAAAUUGUAGAAGAUUCAAAUGAGGGAACUGCUGCUAAAGAAUCAGAAGCUGGUGCAGAGAUGUCUGCUCUUGUACAUUAUACUCAACCAGUCCGUUUCCAUUCUUUUGAAUAUGCUGAAAAAAGGAAUCGAAGCUAUGAAAUUUCUUCUUUUGUUGAAACACAAGCUACUAAUCUUCUAAAAGAGCAUCCAGUAGAAUUUGUCAACUAUAACAAAAGACAAUUGAGUCGUAUUUAUCCAAAAGGAACACGAGUAGAUUCAAGCAAUUAUAUGCCGCAGGUAUUUUGGAAUGCAGGCUGCCAGUUAGUGGCUCUGAAUUUCCAGACAUUAGAUCUUGGUAUGCAACUGAACUUGGGUAUAUUUGAGUAUAAUGGAAGAAGUGGGUACUUAUUAAAGCCCAAUUUUAUGAGAAGGAAAGACAGGAAAUUUGAUCCUUUCACAGAAUCAACUGUUGAUGGUAUUAUAGCUGGAACAGUUACUAUUCGGAUAAUAUCUGGUCAGCUGCUUACUGAUAAACGAGUUGGUACAUAUGUGGAAGUGGACAUGUAUGGAUUACCAGCAGAUACUGUUCGUAGAAAAUUUCGCACUAAACCAGUUCCUAACAAUGGGAUUAAUCCUAUGUAUGAAGAUGAGCCAUUUGUUUUUAAAAAGGUAGUACUACCUGAUCUAGCUUGUUUGAGGAUCGCAGUGUAUGAAGAUAAUGGCCGAUUUAUUGGGCAUCGAAUUUUGCCCGUUGUAGGUCUGCGGCCAGGUUAUCGCCAUAUAUCUUUAAGGAAUGAAUCUGGGCAGCCAUUGCAGUUUCAUACCUUAUUUGUCCAUAUAACUGUGAAAGAUUACAUUCCUGAUGGUUUUUCAGAACUGGCUGAUGCCUUAGCAAAUCCUAUAGCAUAUCAAUCUAUGGUUGAAAAGCAUGCCUGUCAACUAAUGGCGUUAACAGAUGAUGAUGAAACAGAUGAUGUGAAAGAAUCAGACCGAUCACCUGCGAAGGGAAGUAUUGGAUCUUCUGAUGCUGGAAGACAAGCUGUUUCUAAAGAAGAAAAAACUGAUUCAUCUGCAUCUCAAUUGUCCAGGCAAAGUGCUGUAAAUGGGAAUAUUCAAAGAAUGGCUCCAUCCAGAAGUACUUCACCUGCAGCUCUACCUUCCCUGAAACGUCAAGAAACAUUACGGAGAGGAUUAGCUCAAUCAGUUCGAAGCUUAUCAGAUGAGAAUGCGCAGGAAAAAGUGCUUUCCUUAUUAGAAUCUGAAGAAGCCAACCUUACAGCUGAGCCUUUAGAAAAAAUUAAAGAGCACAAAUCAGUACAAAAAGUUCUAGCUAAAUUAGAAAAAGAUCUCCAAGCACUGCGGAAAAAGCACGAGAAAAUGAAAGAAAAAGAAAAAGAAUUGCUGAUGCAGAAAGAAGAUAAACUAGCAAAAGCUCAAGAAUACCAAAAGACUCAUAUUGUAAAAACACAUUCUAAACUUUCUAAAAAGAGUUCUGGAAUGGAUGCACAGUUGAUGAAACGACGAAGUGAAGCUGGACUUAUGGCUAUGAGUGCUGAACAUCAAGCCAAACUUGAAGAGCUGCAACGGAAUCAUUCGCAGGCUUUAAUUUGCAUUACGAAAGAACUGUAUAAAGCAGAACUUGAGCUGUAUGAACGAUAUCAGGAACCUUUGUAUAGUGCAAUAGAGAAAUCAAUGGCAUCAUCUCAAGCAGCUCAGAUGGAUCAUUUAAAAAGUUUACAUGAUAGAGAGGUUGCUGAAUUGAUGAAAAGGUUAGAAGUACAGAAUAAAGAAGAAAUGAAAGAUCUAAGUAAGAAGCAUAAAGAUAAGAAUGAAUUAGCAAGAAUAAAAAGGGAAUCACAUCAGAGGCUAAUAGACCAGGCUGUAGCUGAAAGACAGCGGUUUAGCAGUUUACUGGAUAAAAGGAAAAGUGAGCUGGAAAGUCAGCAUAUGGAAAUAAGAAAACAAUUUGAAGAAGAACGAAGCUUGGCUCGUGAGAGGCUACAACAAGAAUUUCAGGCCAGAAUUUCCAAACUUCUUUUGGAAAGUGAGGAGAGGUCUGUUUCCUGUACUUCUACAGAAAUUGUUGAAAAGAGUCCAUUAUGAAAGUUUUGAAAAGGCAGUGGAGAAGAACAGUAUUAAAAAGUGCUCCCUGCCUUGUUGGUAUUCCACACCAUGAUUGCAGUCCAUCCACCAAUGUCAGAGAUUCACCAGAAAUGUGUGAUUUAACAGACAGAUUUGUAUAGCACAGAACCAGGUGAUUUAGCACAACCACCAUCAUGUAAUUUAGUAACGUGUGUUCUCAGCACUGCACUCAGUAUUGGUGUUUCUUCUCUCCAAGGUUGUGGUUUUUACAAAGUUCCAUUCCCCACUCCCACCCCCUCUGCCGAUUCAAGAGUGACAUAUUAUCCAAUUUAUUUUCUGCCAUAAGUGUGUGAGAAGUGUUGUGAUCUGUUAAAUGGAAUUUUUGCAAAUUCCAGGAUUGUUCACAUUGUAUACCUCUCCCUUGAGUGAUAAGUCUAUACAGGUCAGGUGUUGUCUUCCUUUAAUGUAGUGUUUAAGUAACAGAAGCUGAAAUAUUUUGAUAUGCAUUGAAGAGCAAUGGCUUUUUUGUGUAUUUACUCAAUUUUAUAUGAUGUGAUACUAUCAAUAUUUAUUAGCUUUUUGCUCACACUGGAUCGGCAGAUUGAGAGAUUCAGUGUUUUAGAUUGUUCCUUCAUUAAGAUGAUAUAUAUCUAUAUCUGUUAGCUAAUUAUUAUUUUGUAGAUUGCUUUCAUAUGGCCAUGUAAUAUAGAAUUAAAAAAUAGCAGCAUAUAGAUUUUCAGAGCUCUGUGAUGACUAGAGGAAGAUUUUUUAUCUUAUUGUUAAAGUUCUUUCCCAUUCUCCCAGCUAGCAUUGCUAGGUAAUCUUCUGUCUAGUAACUUGCAAGGAUCUCUUAAUUUUGCAAAUAUUGUCCUGUUUAUGUAAUUUCAGAUGUCUUCUUUUUUUGGGAGGAAUGUUUUUGAAUAAUAAUAAUAUUUAAUUGCAGCUGCAAUAGCAUUUUUUAAACUCUGAAUACUUGUGUCUUUAUUUCUAUGUUUGUUGAUAUUCUUUAGGUGUUUUAUUAAAAAAUGGAUAGGCGAAUGUAUAAGAUGAUUGAAUGUGAUAAAUUUUACAUGUUUUCUCACUUCUAUGCAGAUUUUUUAAUGCAUUUGAUUUUGUUUUAUACAUAUAAAAUUAAUUAAAAUAAAAUUUAUAAAUAAAUUAAUUAAAUAAUUAGAAAAUAUGUUAAGAGUUACAUUAGUAUUCAAACUUAAUAAAAUUGGUAAGCACCAAAUAAAAAUAAUUAUAUAGACAGUAAAGAUAUCCUCAUCUACUAUAAAAUUAGUAAAUUAUUUUAUAUAAAUUUAGUAUUAAUAAUAUUAUCACAUAAACCUUAUUUCUUUAUUCUGUCACCGUUUAUAAUUUCCAUAAUGUAUUAAAGUAAUUAAUUGUUAUUGCCCUGAGUUGAAUAAAACAGUUUUGCUGAUAGUUUGCUUGUAAUAUAGUAUGUUAUAACAUUUUAGUGGAAUGUACAAUUUAAUACUUGUUUCUUUAACAUUGGGCUGUAAUAGAAGAGUCAUCAAUGUAUACUUUAAAGUCUCAGCAUAGUUUUGAUCAUCUCAAGUUAUAAAAUAAGAUAUGAGAUAAUGUUUCAAAUAUAAAGUUUCUGUUAUUAUUUUAAAUGUUUAUUUAAAUGUUUUCAUUUGUUACUUAUUUCAAGUACACUAAUAUAUGGCUGAAGUAUUUGAAAUAAUUUGCUGUAUUUACAUGCAUAUAUAGUAUUUUACACACUAGUGUAGUGUGGUCAUACAUUAAAGAUGCAUCUAGAGGCAUAAUUCUCAAAACACUUUUCAUUACUGCUUCUUUACUUGAAUUUAUCUAAAUAAUAUUUUUAAUUCCCUCAAUAUUUUAACAGUUUAAUAAUACUCCUGAUUUGGGAUGGAGGUGUAUGCACAUUAAAAGUGAUUGAUAUAUUAAGCAUUUAUUUUUUCUUUGCCCUCUUAUAUGCAAAUAAUAUUUUGAUUACUUUGCAUUAAAAAUUACAUAGACAUGUAAUUAACAACUAUAUCAGUGAUAAUGCCACAUACUAAUCUUUGUAUUAUCUAAAUAAAAGUUGCAUGUUAAUAAUAUACAGAGGUCUUCAAAUUCUACAACCUUUCCUGUCUUGUACUCGAACAGGAAAUGUUUGGUGCCUUUGCAGUAUUUGCUUUUAAAUAGUAUUCCUAUAUUUUUUUAACAUCUUUUAAAAGUGUAAUAUUACUGUAGUAUUUUGAAGUACAGUAAAAUUAACAUAAUAAGUAUAACUGUGGAAUUUUUAAUAAGGUAUAAUAGCUUGAUAAUACAAGAAUAAUAUAAUAAGUGUAAUAUUGCACAAUUUUUAUGCUUUCUCAACAAAACAGCAGCAUGCUGCUUAUUUGAGAACCUGUUAUAUAAUGAGUAACAUAGAUGAAUUUGAAAGCGAACCAGUAUCAGAAUCCAGUUUUCUUUUAAUGGAAAUCCAACUUUCAGCAAUUUGUAAUUUUGUCAAUGCAGGACAAACAGCAAUAAACUAUCAUUCCAUUAAAUAUUAUGUUAAAUAUUAAUAAAAAUUUUUCAGUUAGUCAUAAAGAAAGGUAUUGACCUCCUCUCCCUUUUUAGUGUCCAAAAUUCCUGAUAAGAAUUUCUAUAUUUAAAGUUACUUAAUGAAUAAGUUAUUAAGUUACAAGAUAGUUCACUGUUUUUUUUUAUUAAAUAUUCAUUGAUAUUAUCACUGAUAUUAGGCUAAUAAAAGUUAUAACUUGCAUAUGCAGUUUUGAAUUAAUAUCAUGAGCAAAUUUUAAAUAUGCAGUAUCAGCUUUUAUUUUUUAUACACUCUACACUUUUGUUAAAAAAUUUCAUAAGAUCAUAAAAAAUUCAUAAUUUGUUUUUUAAAUAUCGAUAUUCUAUCACUAGUGAGCUUCCUAAGCCCUUCUCCUUUGAUCUUCUUUGAUGGCAAAACUUCUGUGAAUUAUUCGGUAUUUGCUGCUCCUAAGGGAGCAAUUUCACUUAGUUAAAUAGUGUAUUUUUUAUUGCAUUUAGUAAUAUCUGAAUGUGUGCUUUAAAAGUCUGCUUUGUAUAGUUACUAGACAGAAGAUAUUCCCUGAGACUGUAGAUUAGAAUAUAAAUAAAAUAAAAUAAAAUAUGAGAAUUAAAUUGGACAUCUGAAAACUUAACUAGAAAAUUUUAUAGACCAUUAUAUUAAAAUCAGCAAUGUUUGAAAUUCUGGUAAUUUACUGCUGAGAGAUCGACAGAAUGUGCAACACAUACUUCAUUUAGCUAUGUAUAGUGGUUAAUUUUUUUUUAAUAUUUUUUUAUUUUAAUUAUUUAGUUACAAAGAAGCAACUUUUUCAGUUUACCUCCAGCGUAGAUGUGACAUGCAAGCAGUUCCUUACUCGUGACUAGUUGCAUCAGUUAUGAAAAUGUCUAAAACAUUUAUUCUUUCAUAUUUAGUACAUGGGAAUGUUUAUUGCUUGUAAUUUGCAAUUUUAUUAUAAACUGCAGCUGACUUACAAACUUUCCUACUUAGAUAGAUUUGAUAAUAUAUUUUAUGAUAAUUAUUUCCAUAGUUCAUAAUAAUUUGAAAUGCAUAUCAUGGUGCAGUCAUAUGUUUAUAACACUAAAGUUGUUAGGGAUUUAAUUGUGGUAUUUUAAUGUACUAAAACCAUUUAUUUAAGUUUACUGUUUAAAUCACAUUUACAUCCCUGUCUAAGAGGUACUGCAAGGAAUAACUGAUUUGAUAGCACUCUUCUGUUCUUUUUAAUUCUUCUUUCGCAAAAUUUAAAUUGUAUUUGAAAUUUAAAUAUUGUAUUUAAAACAAUAGCUGGUCUAAACUAAAUUAAACUUGGGGGCACAAACAGCCCCUAGAGAGCCAUGGCUGGCCGUGCCCUGAUAUCUGCUUUCUAGACCAUAGGCUUCAGGGUGCUUGUGAAUCUUAGUCUGAACUAGUGGUCAGCUUGUUAAGAGAACAGAUGCUAAUGGAAAAAAUUACUUAGAUGUGUAUAGUUUAGUUUGAUAAUUUUUAUAUGAUGUGCUGUUUAAAAUUUUAUUAAAUUAUUCAAAAAUAGUAAAAAUAAUUAAGAUAUUAUUUUUCUUCAGUCUUUUGAGCACAUCACAUGUAGUCUAAAUUGUAGCUUACAUUUAUCUUUUCUUAGAAAUAGUUUAUACUCAUUAGGUUGCGUAAACAUACAUAAUCAGAAAAUUUUUUAAUAAAUAUCUGCAACUUUUCAUGAUUAAAAUUGAUGAAAAUAUGCAAGAAAUGUAGUUUUUAAAGAAAGUCUGGAACUGUUUGUUGAUAUCAUUUUUGAUGCUUACCUUAAUCAUAGUAUAGCCUUCCAGCACUUUUAAAUUAGCUUUUAAUUUUUAAAGAGAGAAAUAAAUUGUUGAAUUAUAUCUUUUCCUAAUAUCCUAGUUGUAUGUAGCAAUUUCUUGCACAUUUCUCCAUUUGCCAGCUGGCAUGUGCAAUUGGUGUUAGUAUUCCACUGUAAAAGUUUUCCUCUAAAUAUGUAAAUUAGAGUUACAUUGUAGUUUCAGAUUGGUAGUUAUUUCCUCUACUGCAAACUCUAAACUUAAUAAAAUGCUAGGAAAAUUUGAAGAAAAAUUAAUUCAAUAAUUAAUUCUAUAAUACUGGUUAAAGUAAGUAAGUAAUGAUAAAAAUCUAGUCUUUUGUGAUUGGAAAAGUAUUAGAUAAAUGCAGUGUUGCAUGUUCAAAAAUAAAUAUAAAUAAAAAUAUUAGCUCAGAUUUUAUGAACAGACUGUUUCUAUUUUGGUGUACUGUUGAUCUUUAAUCUGUAUUAGAAAAUUAGAACCUUUGGUGCAUUUAGAUUUUUAGUUUAAUAUAUCAAAAUAGUUAUGAUAUUUUUUAUGUAUUAUAACAAUGAGCAAGGGAAAUGAAUCUGGAAUGCUUUCAGUGAAAUGCAAUUAGUAAUUUUUUCCUCCCAGAUAGAGGUGUGUUGUAUAGAACACCAAAAUAAGAGUAAUAGAAUUUUGCUGUGUAGAAAGUUUUGUGUAAGUCUGUUGUGUAGGUUUUCCAUUUUCAAGUGGAAGACUAGCUCAUCUUCAGGUGGGAGUAAUUAGUUCUAAUCCAGGAAUGCUCAAGGUAUUUAAAACUCAUAAUAUUGUAAUAAAAGUCUGUGAACAAAUUUAAUUUAAUUGAUUUUAAAAUCAUUGAACAAAUCUUAUGAACCUGCUAACAAAACUUUCAGACAAAAUAUUUUGCAGCUUCUCUUCAAAAGUUAUCCAAUUCAAAAACUGUACUUUUGUAAGGAGAAAAAAAUUGCACACAUAUAUGUAUAUAUUAGUGAAAAUUAUAAUAUUGGUCAUACUCAUGUAUAGACUGUUACUUAUUGUUUUUUUAGCAUAAUCAGUCACUAAAAGUUUUUGCAUUUAAUUGAAAAUAAUAAUCUUUUUCUUAAAGGUCUAAAUAAAGCGGUAAAUUCUGUAAAUUGAGCAUAUUUACAAAAUUAGGUUUGCAAUUAUUUUAGUAAAAUUGUGUAAUGGCAUUUACAUUUUUGGUAAUUUUUAUUGUAUCACUUUUGAAAAGGAGGUGCAACUGAAUUACAUAUGUAUUCUAGCAUUUAAAGAUCAAAUUUUGUUAAAUGGAAUAAAAUUUUUGUUAAAUGAUAUCAGAAUAUAUUUUAAAACAAUUUACAGAUAAAUUAAGAAAGCAUUUUUAAUAUUAUAAAUUUAAUUUUUUAUGCAAUAUAAAAAAAAUCUUGUGCUGUGUGAAAGAAAGACAGAUCUAAGGAGUAUUAGCUUAAAAAUAUUAAUCUCCUAGCUGUAAUAAGGUAACUUUUCAUCAUCAGUUUUUGAUAAAUGACAUUUUUAUCAUGAUUAUUGCGUCUGUAAUUAGACAAAAUUAUUUUUUCAAAGCCUAGGUGCUCUUCAUAAAUCUGUCUGCGUAAAGAAGUGUUGACCUAACCUUAAAAUUCUGAAUGAGGACCCUAAAAAUACUGCUUUCAUAUUGUUUUUAGAAACAUUAUGUUACAGAUUUUAAAUUAUUGAACUGAAUAUAAUUUGUUCUCCAAAUUAAUGUGCCAACUUAUUAAUUAUAUGCUAUUAUAACAAGAAUACAUAUUUUACGAGAGCAUGGUAAAAAGUUAUAAAAAUAAGAAAUUAGCAAUUCUAGUAAAUGCAGAGCUCUUCUCCAACUAUCAUAAUGAAAGAAUUUUAUAUAGUAUUUCUAUUUUUUCUUUUUUAUUAAAAAAUGUGUAAUAUGAAUGAAAUAUUUAAAAGUAUUUUUAAAGAGAUAAUUAAGUAUUUCUAAAUCUAAAAUAGUGCCUUAAUUUAAAUAUAAAUAAACUAUAUUUUUAUUUUUCUCUUGACAUUAUUUUAUUUAGAUUUAAGAAAAUCAGCUUUGAGAGGAAAAACGAAAUGCACGUAUUAUCUGAAAAAGGUGUUAAACUGUAUAAUGUUGUUUUUUUGUUUAAUUGUUGCUUCAAUGUAUACAUAUAUUAUAAUUAAUUAUUAUUAUAUACAUAUAUUAUUAAUUAAUUAUAAUACAUAUAUUUUAUAAUUUGGGUGCUAAAGCAAAUAGUUCACUUACUAAAAUCUUGAAUUUUAAUAUUUUGUAAAUUGAAAUAUUUUAUAUACUUACAUAAUACUUCCAAAUGACAUAAUAAUAAGACACCAUAUGUCUUCUUAUGAAUUCAAACUUUAAAUAAACCUGUAUCUUUGAAAGAUCUUUUAUAAUUAAGUCAAAGAUGAGAAUUGCUACAUUUUAAG